AGUUCUCAGUUGUUUUUCGUGUCGGAUAGUUGUCAAUCGUCAGUGGCUCUACUCUAGAUUGAGAAAAAUUCAAGAAGGCAGAAAUUGCAGUUAUUGUGUGUGCAUUUUUGAUUCCCGAAAGCAACAGCAAGUGUUGUUGAGCAUUGUUGUGUGUGUGUGCGCGCGGUUAAUUGUGAAUGAAAAGUACACAACCGUCCCGCAACUCACUCCCACGACGUUCGAUCGGCGACGUGUGCUGCGUUUAGGAGGAAGUUAUAUAUUUUUUUUUGGUCCGGAAAACAAUAGUGUAUCGCGGUACGUUCUGACGGAAGGAACCCCGUUUGAUUUUUUUGACAAGUAAAGUGUCGACUGAAGAAAGAGAGAGAGAGAGAGAAAAAGUGAAGGUGUGAAGGACAACGGUACCCCGAAAAAAAAACGGGUCAAAGUAAACCAAGUGCAUUUUCUGUUGUUCAUUUUUAUGUGCUCUGUGAAUUCGCUGCCGUACUUGAACCUAGGCUUACACGGCAUUGUGUAACCGAAGGCCGUGACCACCAACCGACAGUGAACGGACGAUUCCAAUAGUCUGGAAGGUAUAUUCCAACCGCUCUCGGAAUCGGUGCAGGCGAAAUAUGAUUUGGAGCAAAUCACAGGCGAACAAUCGUAAUCACAGCCAAGAUGUGCCGACUGAUACUGUUCAAGUGACGCGUUCGCAGCUGGUCGUCGUCAUCGCUGCUGCUGCCACUUCUUCUUCACAACCGGAAGUCGCUACAUUUGAGCCGGGGCAACAACAACAACAGUCAGUGUCAGUGCCGGAAGCUCCGAUCGGGAAAAGUUCCAUCACCGAAAGCUACUACAACUUGGACAAGGUCCUGUCGUGAAGUGUGCGCGUGUGUGGGUGUGUACGUGUGGGGAGACCUGCUGGUGCCGGAUCCGCUCAGAUCGCUGAGAAGUUAGGAGUGUAAAAAGAAAUUUCACUACAAGAGGAAUCGAAGUGUACAAUAGAAAGCUCUGUCAGACGAUAUUUGUUACGAGUAAAAGUGAUAAAGUAAAACUCGAGUCGAGAGUAAAAGUUGUUACGAGGCGGAAAAAAAAUUGUAUUUUUUUCAUUUUUCGGUGGUUGAAGCACAGUGUGUCGGAAACCUGUUGAAAGAGAAGCAGAAGAAGAAUCGUGAUCGAAGCGGGUGAAGAAACCGAGGAGCGGAAAAGUUGCAACAACCGAAAAAAAGCGGUUGAUUAAUUGCGUUUGCGUUUGACGUAACCGAUUGUCAGUCAGUCAGUGCUUAGCGGUUUUGUGUUUUCUGUGGUUUUAUUUUAUUCUAUUGUUCUGCCGUCAGUGUAAGUGUGUAAGCGAGUGCGUAACAAAGUUGACCCCAAAUCACUUAUGAAAAAGUACUUCCUGAAUAAAAUGUCAACCGGUAAGCGCUUGGCAAAACGCUCCAUCAUCGGUACCCGGGUGUGUGCUCCGGGUGCCGAUGGCAUCUGGUACUCCGGGGUGAUCCAGGCGGUGAAGACGCCCCCGUCGGCGAACCAGAAGGACAACACCAACUGCAUCAACCUGACGCCGAACACUCGCUACUCGGUGCGGUUCGAUAGCAAGCAGGACAUCUCGCGCCGCGGUUUGGCCCGGGAAUUCCGCGAGAGUGAACUGAUCGGGCCGGGCUUCAAGACCAUCAUGGACGUCCGGCUGAAACCGGGUCAGAAGGUUUUCCUGACCUACAAUGGGCGCGAGAGUGCCGGCGAGGUGCUCCAGCACGAUGAUCUGAAAGACGAAAUCACCGUUAGGAUCGUACCCGUUGGACAAGAGGCCCCGAUCGAACUGACCAAACGGUUGGAGGAGGUACGGCUGCUGGAAUCCCGCCGUUCGCCGCGGCUCGCCGAUCAGGAAAAGGACACGGAUUUUGCCCGGCUGGCCGACAUGGCCGGCGAUCGCCGACGACAAUCACACAGCAUCGAUGUGCCAUUCUCACUCACGCAACAAAAUGGAUCUCGUAAACGACGCCCGUCAUACUCACAGGACGAUCGGGAAUAUUACAGUAUUAACGACGACGACCCGAUGGACGAAUGCAACGCAGCCCUGGUACUUAUGAGUCUGUCCUGCUCACCGAACUCGUCCGUAACCGGCUGGGAAGCCGUACUGGGUUCCAGUUCCGGCAGCAGUACCACCUCGUGGAGCACCGGAUCGACCACGCCACCGCUCAGCGAGGAUGGACAUUCCACGCCACCGAACAACAACAACAACCACAACAACAGCGCCAGUGUCACCAGCAGCAGUGGCAUCAACAGUAACGGUAGCAGUCCCGGAACUAACAAUAACAACACCAAUAACGAAACCACCAACGGCAAUGGAGCGGACGCGGGUACGAUGGCAGUGGUGGCCACCGGCAGCAGCAACACUACCCAUGAUAUCGUGAUCCGUGGGCCGAGAACGGCGUCGUUCUCGAACUCGGACGAAGGCAUCGGCAUGGACUACGGCGAGGAUCUAAAGAGAAAGCGAAGGGCAAGCCAACCAAUCUACAAAUGCACCUGGAAGGGCUGUGGAGUCAUCUACACAUCUUGUUCUGAGGUUACCGCUCACGUACGGAACGCACAUCUUGGCCCGGACGCGGCCAGCGACGACGAGGAUUUCUACUUUACCGAGAUCGAGGAUGAGAGUGACAGUGGCCAAUCUGCACCCCAUCCGCCAUCGCCACCGACUCUGAGCCACCGCGAUAUGGCUCGAUCACCGUACGAAGAUCCGGAGUACCAACGCCAGUUCGUUGGUAACUACCGGCAACAGCAGCAGCAGCAGCAGCAACAACAACAGCAGCAACAUCAUCACCAGCUGCAUCACCAACAGCACCACCAACACCAACUGAAUGCUGCCAUCAAACCCCCACUGCCACUGCAGCAGCCGCUGCACCAUCAAGCGUUGAACAACAACAACAAUAACAACAGUAGCAGCAGCAACAACAACAACAAUAACAACAGCGCUGUCAUCGGCCAGGGAAGCAGCAACAAUGGGAGCACCGGCAGCAGCAGCAGCAGCAAUAGCAGUAGUAAUGGCAGCGGCGCCGUACAUCCGCACAGUAACACUUCGCCGCUGAUACAUCACAACUACACCUGGUCGCAGGUUAGUCCGACCUCCCCCCAGAAGCACGUCCGUCUAUCGCCCCGCCCGUCGGCUUCCUAUCCGUACCCAUCGCCAAACUACUCAAACCAAAUAGCUCAACAACAUCACUACCAACAGCAGCAGCAGCAACAGCAACAUCUCAGCCAAAUUCAGCUCUCGCCGGGUGGUACCAAUUACCACCACCAGUCGGCGAUUGCCCUGUCGGCGGGUGCCGGUGGUCAGGUGCAAUCGCUCAACGGUUCCGGAACGUUCGUAGCACCCGGCUCCAGUCCCGGUGCGGCCAGUAAUCGGUCUCCCCUGUCGCCAAACCGUCGGACACGGGGCGAAAACAAGAAGUGCCGCAAAGUGUACGGCAUGGAUCACAAGGAACAGUGGUGCACCCAGUGCAAAUGGAAGAAGGCCUGCAGCCGUUUCGGGGACUGAUCCAAGUCGCGCAAGCAUCCGCCGGCACCAGCAACAACAACAACAGCAGCAGCAGCAGCGACAUCACAGCAGGCGGCAUCUGCUGUUACAGCAGUUCCCCUAGCGGUUGCUAGUUCAAACCAUCACCGUCACCACCACCACAAUCACCACCACAACCACCAUCAUCACCACCACAACAAUAGCAGCCAGCAGCAAUCAGUCUGAUGUGACAGCAUCGGUGGGCGUUAGUGUAAGUGUAGGUGAUCCGCAGUGUGAACGUCGUGUGGGUGUUCGUGAGGAGAGACAGAGAGAGAGAGCAAGAGCGCGCGUGCAUUGUACAUAUAACCGUGAUAUAUUUUAGCGAGAUAACACUAUGUGGGAUUACCGACAAGGAAACAAUUGAAGAAAAAAAACAGAAAAUAAGUAAAACAGUGGAAAUCAAUUCGUAAAGAGAUAGUUUGUAGGUUCUAUUGAGUGUAAUAAUGUUCGUUAUUUAUAUUCUCAGCAAUCGUGUGUAAAAUCGCAGCCGAUACCAAUUGUACAGAUAAAGGUUAAGAACAGAGCAUGACAGAGGGAAAGCCACAAGCAACCUAAAGCCAGAGAAUGAGAGCAAACAUAGUGGUUCAAAUGGAAUGGCAAUUAUUUUUAUACUGCUACAAAUCUAAGCGAAACAACAACAACAAAAAAAAACAAUAGCGUGUGACUCUAAACAACACUAUUUUGCACAUUGUUACAGUCUAUCUUUUUGAUUUGUUUUCAAACACUGAAAAAUUAGACUUGCUCACUAUGCAAACUAAUUCGAAUCACCAAAUGCUAACAAACAAACAAAGUUCAAGCUUCAAGUUAAACUAUGUGAUUUAAACUGUUGACCAUUUUUUUAUUCAAGGAAAAAAACGUACUACAAAACAAAAAUCCUAAGCAUCGCUGUUGUUUAAGCUACUCUUUUUUGUUGAUUUUAACGUAUAGAAAUGGACUAAAUGUUGUUCUCUAAUAAUCGAAUCGUUUUUAAAUAUACCUACAUCCAAGCAAGCAAACAACAACUACUACUACAAUACAAAAAAAAAUAAAGGCAACCUGCCAACCGUGGAAAGACAUAUUCGCAUAAACCGGCAAAGUGACAGUGUUUUUUGCAACAACUUUGGAACACAAAAAUCAAACCGAAAACGAUGGGAAAGACCUUGUCCUCUGUCCCGAUGGCACCGUGUGAGUCGUUCGCCGUGAGCUACUACGGCACAUAACCAUAAAAAACAAAAACAAACAAACCGGACAAUGGAACGCAAGAACGGAUACAAUUGGCUUUUGAAUGAUUGUCUAUCUCUUUAUCGAAUUACUCUAAAGUUUAAAUGAAAUAUUGCAAAAGAAAAAAUUGAAAACAAAAAAAAACAACCGUAAUUAAAUGCAACAAGACUUUUAAAGGCUGAUUUAGUUUUUAACGAAACAAAAAAAAAGAUAACGAAGUAAAAUACACGCGAAACCAUUCGUGGGUUACAUUGUUGUAACAAUUCCAAAACAAACAACAACAAAAAGCGACCGUACUGACACACACACACUCGUCAUAUCAGCUAGCUCAUAGCUACCAAAAAAACAGCAACAGUAGCAACAUCAGCAGUUGUUUUACAUUCUUCACGUCAAAUCGAAGAACGAAACGAAUGCAGUUCCGAACCCCAUCCGAGGAGGCUCUGGCUGUCAAAAACAAACAUUUAGCAACAACAACAACGCGAACGCGAACAAAUAUUGUGGUUGGAAUUUCCGGCUUCGCUCGCAUCAGCAGUAGGCCGAGAGACUGUUGUUUCCAUCUGUUUUUUUUUUUCUUUGUUGCUUGACUGGCAGCACGGCUUCGUAGCCGAUUAGGUUCACGUUUUGCGGCACGGAAAUUCCGAAACAGAAAACAGAAUUCCACCAAAUGAAGUCACGCGGGAGAACAACACCUCCUCCACCAACUCACAUGCACACAUGCACGGUGUGAUGCGGUAAAAAAAAAACAAGCGAAUAAAACCACUGCCAAUAAUAUUAAAACCGACAAAAAAAGAGGAAAUUUAAGCCGUUAAUAAUACCAUAAUCUAUGUCGACUCCGCUGUACGAGGCAUAUGUAUGUGUAAAAACUUACUAUUUGACGUGUUUUCCAAAAUGCAAUGAAACCAUGAGGGAGAGAAAUCAGUAAACAACAGUCGUUUAAGUGACUAAAAUUAAGAGAAAAAAUAUCCCCCAAAAUAAUAAGUCUAAUUUACGUAAUUUUAAGCGAAUACUGAAACAAAACUGUAACUCAAAGAGAACUAAGAGGUUGUUUUCGGAAGGAAAAGAGCACAUGCUGAGCAAAAUGAAAACAGCAGACGAAAAUGUAAAAAAUAAACUAGAAGAGCAACAACAACAACAGGUCCAAUUGUGAUAUUCCGCAGAGAAGCAAAAACAAACCCCCUAGCCUUUUUUUCACUUGUGUUCUUAUAUUUUAAGUGAAUAAUUUUUACUUUACCAUUUAUUACGGACCACUGUUGUUUUAUUUUUGACUGAUACGGAUUUUCGAAAGUUGUCGAACACACUCGAAACCAUCAAUCACGGACAAUUGGACGCAGAGUGUUCACUCUGACGGAUACCGGACGGUCUUCUGUCUCCUCAGGAAGACGACGACGACUGUAUCCGAAUGGAGCCAAAGAUGGAGCUAGUAGUAUUAACCCACCUGCCAGUGUUGCCAGACAUUUAUGCUUUUUUUUAAAAAAAAACGCUAACAGGAGAUUUUUCGACUGGUGAGGGGACUUUCUCGGCACGGGUUUUCCUCACAACCUUGAAAAGACUGCAGUUUUAUUUACGAUUUGGGGAACUUCUAAUGGAAAAAGAAAUAAACGAACGGAUUGAACUAUUUCUAAGCAUAUUUAUUCGUAAGCCUAAGUGUGCGAAAACGUUCUCGCUUAGCGCUACGCGCAUUCCGCGAUCAGUUGCCAGAGAUUUUUGAGACUUGGCCAAUUUUAGAUAUUAAAUCGAACCUCAACCUCCCAGCGUCCCUUUGUCUGUGACGAAAGAAUCGGCGAACGUGCUGCCGUUUUUAUUUACGCACGGCCAGUGCGGUGCAAUAACCCGAACCCGUUCGGGGCAAAACAGGGCAUCAAGUGCUUCCAAACUCGGUGCAAUGACCAGAAAAAAAGCGCUUCCUUGCGAUUUCUGUCCACGUGGUCUUAAUGUUAUGCCUCACGUGACAACUACAAUCAUGUCAUCAAAUUUCCCACGCAAUCAUUUUCAAUCCGGAGCAGGAAGCGCACUGUGAUAUGUUUUUUUCUCUCUGUUUGUUGAUUAUUUAAUCGUUUAACAGUUGAUACGAUUUCCCGGAACAAUCUUUGGUUCGAAAACCGUGUAGCACGGAACUACGCAAUGACAGACCCAGAACGAAGACAACAAAAAAAAAACAAACAAAAACAAAUGAUCUCCUUACCAACCGAAGUAAAACCGAAGCUUGUGUUAAUUUUCACGGCCUGCUGAGUGUCGUGUCUAGUUCGACCUUCGAACGAACAAACAAAAAACCUUCGCUGCUGCUUGGCCUGAACGUGGCCAGAACUGUUUCUCGUCGCUGUGCAAGUGACAUUUGAAUAAUAAAGAGGGCAAUAAAUUUCAUCAAAAAAAAAAGUUAGAAACAACCUAAAUUUUAAAAAUUGAAUUACGUAAACUAACAACAACAACAAAAAACUGUCCCUUGUAACUAAAACCAAAAUUGACUGAGCUAAUAUUUUAUCAAAAUUGAGAUAAUCACGGAAAAGAAAACUGUUAAAUUAAAAAAAAAGGAAAAGUGAUGACACCAACUCAUCAAAAGCAAAAACUAUCAUAUUACGGAAGCAAUGAUCGAUAUUGGCAUAUACUAACUCGCAUGAGCAAGCAAAUAAUGAAUGAAUUCACACUCACAAAAAUGGUGACAAUCGUGAGAGCAACCAACAAAAGCAAAUGCAUCGCAAUUUGAAAAAGCGCAAACAAAAAAAAAACAAACAAACAAAAAAAUCGAUCGGUUUUUGUUUUGUUAUACUUGACCUACAGUUUCGGGUAAUGUCGAGUAGAAAAAAUUAAAACAAUACUUUCUAGGAAUAGGUUUUGCCAACAAAAUUCGGAUUAAACAAAACUAAACUAAAAAAAAAACAAACCGCACGAACAUUGACAGUGCAAAUCCCGACGAAAAAAAAAACAAAAGCUCCGCGUAACGAGAAAAACACGAAAUUAACACGAAAAGAAAAUACUACAAAAUAAAAGACUAAAUUUUUUGCCUCUUUAUAUGUACAAACGUAAUUAAACUUGUAUUUGGGUGAACUUUGUGGGUAGACAGUCAACUUUACGUAUCGUAAACUUUUGCAAGUUUUUUGCAUCCUUAGGCAUCAUGGCGAAACAGUGGCGAGUAUCCUCCCUUCACGACUAAACCGAUCAAAAGGGGGAAGGAGAGGCGCAAGGAAAAAAACUAAAGUAUCGUGGAUCGUGUAAUUAAGCUGUAAGUGUUUGUUUUUCCUGUUUUUUUAUAUAUAGAGAAAGAAAAAAUACGCUAAGGAAUGUUGGACAACCAGGCGAACAAAAAAAAAAAAAAAAAAACAAAACAAAAACUAUGCUCUUCUUCUUCUUGUUACGCUUUCGAGGAAAAUAAAACAAAACAUAUGCUUUUACGCAACCAGCCAUUGUGAGCAACCAACAAUGCGAUAGUGUAAGUGACAGCUUGUGUCAGAUUGAAACAACAAUAAUAACAACAAACGUAAACGCGUGGUGCGGUAACAGAUCUAAACACGAACAGGAACGAUCAACUCACACAAACACACCAACUGCAGCAGAUACAGCCGAAAAACAGUUCGAUUCAAUCGAAAGUAUCCCUCCAGUCAGAUAAAAGUUAUAAAAUAUCCAAGCCUGCUACUGUUACUAUUAUACACUACUACACUCCAAUUUACAUAAUAGGGUAAACGUUUGACAUUCAUUGUGGCGGCGGGUUUACCGACGGGGAGAUUUGCGAGAAAAGGAAAUGUUUAAGCACAUGCACGGUCCGGUUCGGCUAAGCCCGAAGAACGAUGACAGCGGUGUUGAGUAGAGGAAACUCAUCAUGGUGACUUCUGUCAAACGAUUCCCGAUUUAAAGGGUAAUCGGUAAAUGUUUAGCUUCAGUAGUAUGAUGGUCUGAAACGGAGGAAGUUUCCCCCAUUUUUGCUAUUUUGAGUGAAAUAUUUUAGACAGAGACUUAACGAUUAUGAAACACUGUUGUUGGAUUUCUUACUGGGGCGAUUAGAUUUCCUCCCAAAACGAUAGGAAAGCUAUCGAUAUUUUUAUGCUGCUAUUCUGCCUGAUUUUUUUGCUGCAAUUCUGUCAGAAACUCGGUAAGAGUCUGAAAAUAAAGGAACAACAGUUUUCAGCGGAAAAUCUCGCCUAGCGAUUAUUUACGGUUUUAAUACAGCCUGAUUCUUACCAUACAUUUUCAAUGCUUCUGGUUUGACAUGCAAGUCUUCAUCUCUAAAAAUACCCAUUUUUAACUCUCAUCUACCUAGUCUCAAGGCUCGUUCCUAUUUUUUUGUAUGUACAUGAAGGAUUGACGAAUAUCAAAUGAAAUCGAACAGAAAAAAUGAAGAAACAGAGAGAAUGGCGCAAUUUCGACAGCAGCAGAAUUCAGUCAGACUUCUAGCGACUGCCAGAAUUUUCCACAAGGAAGAAGACUUCUUCUUCACUUCUCGGUGGCGUCACCUCACUUGAGAUGACACCGAUUGAAGGGCACAGCAACUUAUGCUAUAUUGCCAGUUAAUUUUCGUGUAUAGUCCAAUGGACUUUCUUUCACUGGACUACAAGUGAAAAAUCUCGCUGUGUGACAACGUGAAGUCGCCAAAAUACGAAUGGAAAUCUUCAAAUUUUCACCGCACUGAUUGAAAAAUCCAAUCAGCGUGGUCACCACGAGAUAGCGUUAUGGUAAUUGUUUUGACAUAUCCCAUGUAUUUAGAAAAAUUUUUGACGAAUUUUUCCAUUUACUUGAGUUCGGACGAAUGCAGAUGGCAAAACCUUACAAAUAUGGGCAAGAAAAAUGAUUAUUCACGUGUUGUCAUCGAACAUAUGAUUUAAAAUUGUCCUAUUCACUUUAAAAUCUUGGAUGAAAUUUGAAAUUUUCAGUUCACAUACAGAUUUGAUUUAGAUGAUAAAACAUGUGAAAAUAGACGAAUGAAACAACUUUUGAUCAUAAUUUAUCAAUUAAUCUCAAAAUCGAACCAUAAAAACAAAGAAUUUCUUAGAUAUGAAAACAGUACCCAACCUCACUUCUUACGAUUUCUUUUUAAAUAUAAAUCAGACAUUCCGCGAAAAGUUACUGAAACAUUAAUGAUCGAUUUUUUUACCAAAUUUUCACACCUUUUUGUAUGUAAGUAUUCGAUUCAAAAGAAAAAAAAAUAAAAACCCGUCAUUUUUUUCGAAUCUUCAAGCAAAAUCUGAAAAUUAUCACCAUUGCUUAGUGCUUGGCGUGAGCAGCGCCGCGAUCGCAGAAGAGUUGACUGGAUUCUUCAAUACGAGACAACGUGUUCACUCGUUGAGGGUUUCACCUGAAGUCAAACGAGGAGACGAAUUGACACGAAAUUAAACGUCCCGCUUCCUUACGCCUGGCAGAUUUCCCCCGAGAUGCCUGGCAACGUCUGCCAGAAGGUUUUGCAGGAAUGCUGGCAGAAUUCCGGCAAGGGUCUGGCAACAAUGUAACAACCGUUUCCGGCAGAGAGUUUCGGUAUUGUUUCUGCCGGGUUUUUUUAUUUCUUCAUUGAUAUGCAAAGCUUCUUCUCUCAAUGUAUCAGUAUUUUCAUUUCAUUUACCUGGUCUCAAGACUCGCUUUAAUUUUUGGAUGUACAUGUUGGAUUAACGAAUAUCAAAGGAAGUCGAACAGAAGUGAAAAGGAAGAGCAAUCUUGCAAGACGUAAAGCAGCCCUUACACGUGACAAUAUUAUUGUCAAUCCAAAGUAUUGUCAAUACCGUCAAUCCAAUUGACCUGGUAGCUAGAGUCCGCAUUUUUCGAGAAAAUCAAGCGUUUAGAGCUUCAAAUAUUGCAAAUGAACAUUGAAAUAUUGAGAGAUAAGUUCAUUGCACAUAUUUAACAGUUUCAUCUCUGGAGAGAAAGUAUUGUCGGAUUGAUAAGCAGUUUUGAUUUUUUGACAAUAUUUUCGUCAAUCCGAUGAAGUUUCCACUACACGAUCAAAAGUAUUGUCAAUACUCCUUGUAUUGACAAUAAUAUUGUCUCGUGUAAGGGUCACUUAACGUAGCGAGAGAAUGACGCCUGCAAAAUUUUGACAGCUGCCGCAAUCUUGCUAGGCAUCUGCAGGCUGCUAGAAUGUCUCACAAGCAGUCUGGACUUAAUCAUAGUUGGACCGAUGCGGCUCUAUAAUUUUCACUGGGAUAAAUGCAGACCCCGGCCCACAUCAUUAGUUUGGAAUGAACUCCGAAUCAAAUCUGAAUGUGCGAAAAAUUUCCAUUCAGAAUUCCAUGAAUCCGAAUCAUUGCUGGCUCCAGUGCAAUAGCCGAUUCCUAAUGAAUUUAACCUCCAGCCGAUUGGUUCGGAAAUCUGUCCGAAUUGACUGAUAAAAAGCGAACUGAAUUAUCACUUCGCUUUCUUCUUCUCAGAUUUUUCACCCUUUCGGUUUGGUUUUGGUUCGAUCGAAAAAUCAAUACGUCGUUAUUCAGAAUAAGGGUGAUUAUUCCGGAUCGCAGCUGAAGUGUAAUGAAACAGAUCCGAUUUUCAGAUACAACACAUUCAUAAAUGAGCGAAAACUCAAUGUCACUCAGGAACGAGAAGUCGAGUACGCACUCAUUACCCUCUAUGUUCGUCUUUGAGACAAAGUGAGCCAGUGCAACAAUCGAUUCCGAAUCAAAAUUUCGUUGCUAACCGAUCGAAUCGAAAAAUCUGUUGGGAUUAAGUGGGAAAAGCGGAUUAAAUUGACGUCAAGUUUGCUUCUUAUUCUCUAAGUUUUGCACCUAUGCGUCCUGAUUUCAAUGUUUUUCAAUUCAUUAGAACUAAUCGCGGACAAAUCGUUGCAUUUGGCCGACAAGUCAGCAUGAAUUUGCUUCCCUGUUAAACCGACUGGAAUUUGAUUCGGAAUUCAGUAUGAUUUCUGUUUUGGAAUCCAUUUGAAAAAUUGAACCGAAUUCCAAAUAAACUUCCAAACUCUUUAACUGGGUAGUCUAGCAUCGUUCAUUUAUCAAGCUGAAAAUUUUGAUGAAAUGACGUAGAUCACUUGACUUUUACACUAGGACAUCCAAAACGAUAGCGAAAAAUUUAACGUUGAUGUCAAAUAGGCAUUCUGACAGCUCAUUUACUAUCACAAAUGCUAAGCUGCCAUUUUUAUAUGGAUUUGUUUUCAUCUCCUCAAACAGUUUUUAGUACGUCAUUUUUAUUUUAAGCAGAUUUUCAAAUUAGAUAUCAAUUAUCUUCUGCAUAACAUAAGUGCUGUCACAAAGCAUUGUGAUAGGAAAUUAUGUAAAAUAAAACAGCAAAGGCAAAGAAAUGCAUCGAACCGAUUGAAAACAGUCUGCCAACCCGCAUACGCAUGGCUGCCAUAUGGCUGACUAAACGCUGCCAGCGGGAAAAAUAUGGCUGGCAGACAUUCUGGUGACCGACUGCCUCACCGCUGCCAGAUAUACAACUCAAACGAUACAACCGUAUCCACCAGGAUUUUUCCACAUUGAAAUCUUUGACAUUUUCAGAAGAUGAAAACGCUCGGCUAACUAAGAUACAGGCGGCUUUGUUUUGUCAAAUUGGAUUUGACAACCGUCACUGAAUCAAUUUUGGUAGCCGUCUGGUGGCCAUGGCUGCCCAGGUAGCCAAAACACUAUGCGGGAAGUUUCCCUGGUAAGAUUCAAUAGGCAAAUUUACCGCUGGCAACGGUUGCUUUGAUGUUGCCGUAAAUAUGUCAGAAUAUCGGCAGAAGUACCAAGCGGACAGAUUCAAUCGUCUGGAAGGAAAUUAUUCUGCCCAUACCAUUUUAAAUUGUUUAAAGGAAAAUACAAAAUCAUUGAAUAUUUAUCGACACAAUCCUACAUAAACUGAUUUGACAGCUUCCGGAAUGUGAUUUGAAUCAUCACCAACAUCAUCAUAUGACUGGGCGAUUGUUUUGACCAAGAAGAAACCAUUCCAACAACCUUAACCUGUCUCAUUCGUAAGUGACCGACACCAGAACAAGAGAGACGAAGCAUUCUCGUUUCUCAUUGAAACAAAGAGAGAGUAACAGUUCGGCUGAAAAGUUCGUAUCGUUUAAUAGAAACACACAUUUUUUGCCAAAAUUCGUUUUUAUUAUUCAACAUAAUUGCCAUCAGAGGCGAGACAGCGAUUAUAGCGAUCUUCCAACUUUUCGAUACCAUUUUUGUAGUACGAUUUGUCCUUUGCCUCAAAAUAGGCCUCAGUUUCAGCGAUUACCUCUUCAUUGCUUCUAAAUUUUUUACCAGCGAGCAUUCUCUUGAGGUCUGAGAACAAGAAAAAGUCACUGGGGGCCAAAUCUGGAGAAUACGGUGGAUGAGGGAGCGUUUCGAAGCCCAAUUCGUUCAAUUUCAGCAUGGUUUUCAUCGACUUGUGACACGGUGCAUUGUCUUGAUGAAACAAAACUUUUUUCUUUUUCAAAUGAGGCCGUUUUUUUGAAAUUUUGUCCUUCAAACGCUCUAAUAACGCUAUAUAAUAGUCACUGUUGAUGGUUUUUCCCUUUUCAAGGUAGUCGAUGAAAAUUAUACCAUGCGAAUCCCAAAAUACAGACGCCAUACCCUUACCGGCCGAUUGUUGAGUCUUUCCACGCUUUGGGUUCGGUUCAUCGCGUGCAGUCCACUCAGCUGACUGUCGAUUGGACUCCGGAGUGAAGUGAUGGAGCCAUGUUUCGUCCAUUGUUAUAUAUCGACGAAAAAAAUUGGUUUUAUUUCGAUAUAACAGCUCCAAACACUGCUCAGAAUCAUCAAUUCGUUGUUGUUUUUGAUCGAUUGUGAGCUCACGCGGCAUCCAUUUUGCACAAAGCAUUCUCAUAUCCAAAUAUUCGUGAAUAAUAUGUCCAACACGUUCCUUUGAUAUCUUUAGGGUGUCAGCUAUCUCGAACAACUUCACUUUACGGUCAUUGAAAAUCAUUUUGUGGAUUUUUUUCACGUUUUCAUCGGUAACAGCCUCUUUUGGACGUCCACUGCGUUCAUCGUCUUCGGUGCUCAUAUGACCAGUACGAAAUUUUGCAAACCACUUGCGAAUUGUUGCUUCGCUCGGUGCAGAGUCUGGGUAACACUCAUCAAGCCUUUUUUUGGCUUUUUUGAUAUCGGCGGCACUUUUUUUCAUCAAAAAGUAGUGUUUCAUAAACACACGAAAUUCUUUUUUUUCCAUUUUUUUCACAAUAACAAAAGUAGCUUCACUCAAAAUGCAAUAUCUCACAAACUAAUAAUCAGACAGCUGUCAAAUUUAUACACGUAUCUUUUGAAGGUUGGUACUAACUGAAAAUGGUAUGGAUUUAAUUCUAGUGGAGCCCUCUCAUAGAAACGAUACGAACUUUUCAGCCGAUCUGUUAUAAUUGCCAACGUCACUCUUUCCUCUGUGACAAGACGAAACCAAACUAACGUCUUCAGGGAGCAUCAGGAGAAUUUCAAUUCUCAUUCUUUCGUCGAUGUAUUGAAAAUCUGUGACGCUUGGCUAUAAAAAGGUGGCUAAAAUAUGACAAAUCGAAGUAAUUACAUCCCAGAACCUACUACAAAUUCGAGCACCAACAGGUAAAAGUUAUUGUGCGACCUUUUUCUGUCAUUUCCGAUUCUGACAGCUUCGGUUGAAUAUCGACACUGCAUACUAAUGGAUUUUCACUGAAAACUGCAAAUGACUGAAAGGACAAAUGAAAGAAAAAAACGAAAUUUUGACACUACUGUCCCGCUUAUGUCAUUGACUGGAUAUGGAUUUCGUUCUCAUGGUUUGCAAGCGAAGCUGAGAGUGACAGUAAUUUAUUGUCAUUUUCGUCUGUCUUGAAUUACUUUUAUUUGCUACUUGAAAAUUACUUUUAUUUGCUCUGAUUUUGACAGCGCAAAUUUGGCUAGCAGCCACGGACUCUAUCCGGAUGUAUGUCGACUGUCACUACUGUCUUUGGUUCAUUACAAAUCAACAAUUUCUAUUUCUUUUUGAAUAAUACCAACUUACUGUAUUUUAUUUGCUGUGAAGUCUAAGGUUAGACAGUGGUAAUUUUCAUUGAAUACCCUAGCGCUGUUGAUUUUGCAAAUCAGUGUCAUACAAGUUUUCAAUGGCAAACAGAGUUGAUAAAUUAUGAGCUUUUAACAUAAUUUUAUGACGAUAAUUCUUCUACCAGAAUUCGACUUAAAAUCGGAGAAGUGAAAGACAGUUUUGCUAGUUUUCUAUGAAUAAUUUUGUCUUGUUUGUAUACGCAUAUGUAAUUUUAGUCUGUAAACUCCUUAAAUAAACUCGGGUUAGUUUCUUCUUACACUGAGCUAAAUUUUCUUUUUCACAUUAUAUGAUAUUCUAAUGAUUUUGCACUAUUAGCAUUUCCAAUAAUAGUUACAAGAUGUGUUCAACAUCAUGUCAAAUAUAUGAGAUAAUCUUAUGAAACAUAAAACUCUUCUUAACGUUAUUUUUAAGGAUUUCCAUAUAACGAAUGAAAUUUCCAGUCUGAGUCAAAUUUAUUGGCGCGUCUUAUAACCAUUACUAGAUAUCCGCACAACAUACAUUGGAACAAUCUAUGAAGCGCAUAUUAUAUUCACUUCGAAUUUAUUUAGAUAGGUUCAUAUAUACCAUAUGACUAGUUUUAAAAAUUUAUAUAUAUAUAUAUAUAUAUAUAUAUAUAUAUAUGUAUAUAUAUAUAUAUAUAUAUAUAUAUAUAUAUAUAUAUAUAUAUAUAUAUAUAACUUUCAAUUGAGCUCAUACGAAUAGCAGAUAAUCGCCAACUACUACUUUUCUUUGAGGAUUCAAGCUUUACUAGUAUUCCGUUCGGUAAGGGAGCACCUCAUGAUAUUUGCGAAAGAGAAGUGAGAUCCCGAGACUGAAAAGAAAAAUGAAUCUUACUAGACAGAUAGAGUAAUGAAAUGUACCGGAUAUAUAUUUCAUGGUCCGUUAACGCAUAUCCUUGAACGAAGUUGGAUGAGCUGUCUUGUCAGCGAUUUUAAAUUACAUUGAGAUGCGGAACUUCCUGAAAAAAAAGGUCUGGAGCAGUUGAUGAAUAUCGGAGACACAACUAUUUCUUCAGCUUCAAGCAGUACGAUUCACGACUUCCAUCGGAUUUCCAUGUAAAUUAUAUGGGAUAUUUUUAUAACUUUCAUUAUGAUAACGUCCAUUUAGAUUUGACGUACACAUUAAAUAAAGAUUAUAAGUUUCCAUAUAAUUUCUAUGAAUUAUAUUCUGCAUAUGAUUCAUAUGACAAAUCUAAUGAAUAUAAAUAAGAUUUUCAUUUCAGUGUAGGGCAGGGUCAGUCAUUUAACUUUCUUGAUGGCCAAGAUGAAAAGUAUCUUGUUUCGUAUGACAUUUUGCAUUACGAACCGAAUCGAUAUUUUUAUUGGACCACGGGAUCUUUCGGAAAUCUAUAAAAGUUGAUCUUUGAAAACAUAGAAUUUUAGUUUCAAAAUAAUCAUAUUCACUUUGUUUGUGCAUUGAUUCUCGUUGAUUCGAUUGAAAAUCGGAACUGCACAGUAUGCGAUUUUCACUAGAAACCGAAAAUGAUUGAAAGGGCAAACGAUAGAAAGAACAUAAUUUUGAAACUACUAUUUUGUCGUUGACUGGACGUGAAUCUCGUUCUCAAAAAUGUGCAAGCGGGCUGUGCUGAGAGUGACAUCUAUUUUUCAUAUAUUUUCGUCUGUUUUUAGUCAUUGAAAAUCAUCAUUUUAGCUCUGGCCAUUAGCAUCAAACUCGAGUACUUAUCUAUGUCAAUUUCAAUCAACCAUUCAAUUCAUUUGCUGCUAGGUAGAGUUCAGUAUGAAUUCCGAACCAAACCGAACGAACACCAGAAUUCCACCGGCAACCGAUUGGUUUGAAAAUCUUUCAAAAUAGAGUGAGAAAAAGUAAACUGAAGAGUCAUUUCGUGCUGAUGUUUAGUUAAAUUGGAAAGGAAAUUUUUGUUUUAUAAAAUAUUUAAAUUUAAAUCUGGAAAUUUUUCGGAUUAUUAGAGAGUUAACAGUUAAGGACCAGAUCUUUUUUGAAUAUUAACAAAAUCUGUUGAAACUUACUGGAACACAACGAAAAUGCCUAGCUUGGUUUAUCAGUUGUUAUCAAUUGUCUGGUCCUGUCCUGGGUUUCUUCCAACUAACUAUUUAGAUGGCCGUAUCAAACUUCAAUCUAUUAUUUAAAAAUUUUGUUGAAGAUUAGCUAUUUUAUUCACAAUGAACCGGUAUUGAAAUUCACAAAUUGUCUAAAAUAUUGUCUUUUCUGAAUUUUCGCAACAGAACUUCUGCUGUCGAACCUGUGCUUUGCAAUUUUCCGUUAACGGUCGCCAAAAAAAUAAAACAAAUAGUAGCAAGUCAUGAGUGUCCGUCGUUUGGACGGCGGAUAAAGCCCCGUCGACGGCCUACUGCGUCUGUCAAGUUUCGUACAAUCUGCAAGUUUCCCCGCUAAGAAAAAAACAAACCUGGCAGUUCGAAAGCUCGGAAUCGGAUGUGCAUGUUCUUCUACAUUUUUCCACUGCUCUAAACUCCAAACCCUGCUCCGAUUUGUUGUGGUAGAAGUCCGUAGAAAACCAAAUAGUAAUUUGUACGAAAACAAGGGGUUCGUUCUUUUUUAAUCCCUCCCAAAAAAAACAACAAAAAAAAACUCAUCGUCCGAGUUGGACGGCAUUCGUCGUUUGGAUACUGCUAAGUAAGAAAGCAAGCAAGGAAAGAAACACGAAAUCACGCACGGAGGUUACAGAAAAACUGAAAAAUAAAAACUAAAAUUAAAGUGUUACGUUCUGAGAAUAAAAAUAAGUGAGCUUGUAACUAGGUUUCCCCUCAUCAGAUCCCCCCUCUCCCCCCCCCCACGUCCCGUCUAUUGACUAUUAUUAAUGUAUAUCUUUCAAGUAACGGUAAGGAACUGACUGGAAAGUGUGUAAAGAGAGAAAAAACCAGAACGAUCAAUCCAGCAGGCAGUGUUGGAAGAAAAUUUUGAGAAAAAUGAAACUAUUUCAAGAAAGCAAGAGAGAGAAUGAAAGUGAAAUGAACAAAGAUAUAACAAGAGGAUAAAGUAACUUAUCAAGAAAAAUAACACAAGAGCAGUGAAGUAAUUUCAGUAUUUUUUUCUGGUUACCGAUCGAGGGCUAUCACGUACCCUCACACAUACAUACACAUGUACACACACACACACUCAAAAUCCAGCAAAGAUGCUUUUUUUCCUCUAGUAAGUUUUGUUUUCCGACAGUCUAAUGCAACUUUAAUCAAAUAACGCUAAUUCUAGGUAAGAGAAUUUGAUUCACAAAACAUUUCUUAUUAAUACUAUCGUUACGAAGUCACUACAGCGUCUUUCUCAUUAUGAUAAGUUAACAAGCAAGCAAAAUGAAAAAGAGAAAAAAAUAACAAAGCAACGGGGCAAAACACGUGCUGAAAGUACCAUUUUUUUUAGGGUUAGGUUUUCGUUGUCGUGAGCUAUCAAAUGGAAGAUCUUGUACUAUUUUUUUAAAUAAUAAUAAACAAAAAAAAACUUUAUUUAUGGGCCAUUUAUACCUAAGAUUAUACAUUAUUAACAUUAUUUUGAGCGUACGAUUAGCUGGGACAUUUCGGCACCGAGAAAUGCCGAUUUAAUUUCAGCAGAUUUUUAUUGUUUCUAACCUUGUAAGUAAGCGAAAAAAACCAAUAUACUAAGAACUAAAUAGAGCAAAAUCGAGAUCGUGUAAAGAGGCAAGAUAAGGUGUACCAUUCAUAUACUAUUUGUCCCUAGGAAAUAAUUAUUUUAUACACAUAGACACACAAUCUUAGAUUACAUAUAUAUUCAUAUACAUUUAUUUCUUUUUGUUAACAUUAUUUUUAUUUAUUUAUUUUUAGAGCGUCAGAAAGCUUAACUGUAAAGAAAAGAGAUCUAGCAUAAUUUUACACCCCCUUUCACAAAAGAUAAAUGAAACAAAAGUACACACAUAUACAAACACACACUCUAACAUCUGUAAACAAAAAAAAAGAUAACAAACACAUCACUCCGAUGACAGUUGUACAUAUAGGCAAAGAAAAAAUAAAACAAAUCGCGAAACUAACAGAAAUAUGUAAAAAUAACACACACGCAGACAGAAAAAAAAAACAAAUCAAAGGUAUGUAGAACAUAGCAACCGUAGAGAUUUUGUUUUCGUUGUUCUUGGCUACCACCGACCUAACUCCCCAUGUUCCCCAUGUUUCACGUCCACAACCCCGUUUCCACCAAUAUCCUCCAUCGCAGCAGGGGCAGGUCCCCGCUGGAUGGUUGGAGGAUCACCAACCGACCGACCGACCGACGAAAUGACCCUUAGAUUUCACCUUUUUUUUUUAGAAUGACGCGAACGAAUUCGACCCAACAGAAGAGCGAGCGGAGACUGUGCCAAUGUGGCCAAUGGCGGCACGUUUCACGACGACUAGGGAGUAUCAAAAUUUAGGACAAUUUACCCCCCAUUUGGCCGUCAAAUUAUCAAAACACUCCCUUCGUUCGUUGGUCGCCGUUGGCUGCGCCGCUCGGUUUGGAAUUCGCUCGAUAGAAAACAGGUCGGAAUCCGGUAAGGUGUAAAAAUCUACGCAAAUGAGAUAUCUGUCAGAUAGCAUAAAGACAACCAACCAAAAUGGAAAAAGAUUCAAUCGAAGCAAAAGUAAAAAAUAAAAUAAACAAAAAAUUCUCUUAUAUAGCUGUUAGGAAAACCGUAGCGUUUAGUUGUCCCUUAAAUCCAAUGCAAUUGAUUGGUUCGUUUGUUCACUUUUCUUCUUUUUUUUUGGGUUGGAUGUACAUAUCUAUGGGCUUUACUACCGUUUUUAUCAUUUUUGGUUAAAUUGUUUCGUAACUUGUUUUUCUUUUAUAUUCUUGACUAAAAUUUACUAAAAUAAAUUUAAAUACAAAAAAAAUACCACUCAAAAAAUCAUGUGUAGUAUGACAAAAUAGACAAACAAAACCAUACAGAUGAAGAUAAUGCAGAUGAAGAUGAUGUAUCCUUCAGAUCCACACAUAAAACACAGAGAGAGAGCGAAUGUUACAGAAAGUAAAUCUACUGAAAGUGUUAAGAUGAACCGGGAAGCUGGGUAGCCACUGGGCACCCCGGAUAUAAUUGUAACGAGAUGAGUAAAAGAUGUAGACAAAAUAAAAACACAUAGAGAUGAUCGACGAUGUGGUGAACACUUGAAAGAUGGUUAUGUUCGACUUGAGGACAUACAGUUUUUUUAGUUCUAAGUAAUACAAUAUUAUACAUAUUAUGAAUAUAUACACGGUAUUAGAUAAAGCAAAA